GCUCUCUCUCAUUCAUUUUCUCACCACCAUCGGAGUCAGUUCGCUCGCGAUCGGCGCGCGCAAGAACAAAAACAAGACGAAAAACAUUCAAAAACGCACGGAAAAUUGGGAAAACAAUCGUUCGGAAAAUUGGGAAAACGUUCGCGACCGAGCAGUGCAUGUGCCUAACGUCUUCUACCACACGCAGGUCAAGAGCGGCAGGUGCGCCAGCCCAGAAUCAGCGCAAGUGUACAAGUGCCGUCGGGAAUCGUAACGAUGCUGUGAAGGUGUUGAUCCGACUGAUCCGAUUUAUUUUUUCACCCCAACGCACGAGAACCAACAACCCCGAGUGUCGCCGUGCAGUGUCCCCUGUGGUGUCGCUACUUGCCGCAGCUCUGCGGCCCGCAACAUAGCCACCGUGUGGCUGCACCGUGAAAGAAAAGAAGAAAAAAACAAGGUGUGUCUUAUCGUCGUGGUGAUUCGCGGUUGUGCGAGAUGUGCUCCGGUUCCGGGUGCUUGUGCGGGAACGUGAUGUGAAUGGUGCAAAACAACGGCGCACAUACAAGUCGCUAACAAGCCGUUAAGAAUCAGCUUCCCGCGCCUCCGCCACCCGGCUCAAGUGUGUCUCGCUCCGUGUUGAAGCUAAGUCAAUAGCCCAGGCCGUCGCAGUAGUGUGCGGAUGUUGUGCUCGUAGCCGUGGAAGCUAUAAAGGGAGAUAAAAAGAAGUCUCAAUUCCGCGGCCGGAGAUUCGCCCCAUUUGUCGAGAGUCGGUGUCUCGCGUACGCGAUCCGUAGAUUCCGUCCAGUGCCAGUGGCGAGUAGAAAAAAAAACAACCAAAAGCAUCCUGAGCGUGCGUUGCGGUGAAGGCCAUUUUCUAUCGCAACAAAUGUCAUAAUAAUAGUAAAACGCACGCAGACAGGCCUCUAUUACUCAUCAAACGCCCCGCGAGUGCUCGAGUGUGUGCGUCGUGUCCUCAACCCGUCGGUGUCGGUUCUAACCGCUGUGUGUCGAGAAGCUCUUUGUCGCGCCAGGAGUGUGUGGAAGAAUCCAAGUGUGUGUACAUCGGCUAAUUCCGCGAGGAGAUGAUGACGGCAUCGUCCCGUCGCCCGGUAAGAUCAGCUAGCCGUGGGUCGUGAAUGCCGCAGUCGCGUCACAUGCGGAACGCAUUAGCAUCAGCGCGGGCCGCUGCGCUUUGCUAAUCUGCCGCUGCCGGGGACACACCGGAACAUGGUCGGACCGUCGAGCGCGUUCGCUCGGUCUCAGCCACGGAGCAGGAGCGGAACAUCCGCGGAGGACGACGGCCGGGGCCGCAUUCGAUGGCGCCGAUAGACCUCCGACCGGCAACGGAUUGGCAAAUACACAGACACCGCAAAAUCCGGCGCACUCCGGCGGACUCGGCCGCUGGCGAACAAAGUGACGUGUGAGUGCAGUGCGUGCGCGUGUGUGUGGGUGUGCGUAAAGGGGGAAAUUUGCAUCUGCGAGGCGCCACCCAGAGGGGCCGGGCCUGCAUACUCGAAGGUGUGUAGCGUGUGUGAGAGCGUGUGCCGACUAGGAAAACCCGAACGGGGGAAGCCGUAGGCAAAAAGUGCAAUUUGCAGUGUGCAAACGAGAAGAAGAAAAGAGAAAAGGCCCCCGUUUUUGUGCGUUUGUGAGCGAAGAAGCCACCUAGAGGGAGCAAGUGCAAAACCGUGCUAAAGAAGGAAUAGUGUCAAGGGCCCCUUUACAACAACAGCAGCGGCAGCAACAGCAGAAGUCGUGCCUUUUGUGGGGAGACGAAUGCGACGAAUGCGAAGAGGAGUCUAAUGAUUAGUGUUUCUGUUGUAGGGCCCAGCUAGUAUCCAGCAUUCGAAUUCCAAGUGCCUUAUUCUAUGCGAGUGCGUGUAAGAGAUCGUUACGAUCACAUUUUGCUAUAUAGUAUAGUAAUUGCAUAUAUUAGUGUGCGCGUGUGCGAUCGUACGGUCGAGAGAAAGCGUUUGUAAUUUAUUAGUGAUUCUAUAGUGGUGGCAUUCAAGCCGCGAAUAAUUGUGCAACAAUGCCACACAACAGCUCGACCGGCGAUGAGCUGGGCAGUACGGACGAGGUGAAGGUGUUCAAGGACGAGGGCGACCGGGACGACGAGAAGCUGUCCGAGAACCUGCUGGAGGAGAAGUCCAGCCUGAUCGAUCUGACCGAGAGCGAGGAGAAGACGGUCAAGAAUGGAACCACCCGCCACGAAAGCUCCAACACCCUCUACGGCGGAAGCGGAGGCCCCGGUGGCGCGGCCGGCCCGGGCAGUAAGCUGCCGCACGGUGCGCCACAUCCCGGCUUCAACAUGGGCUACAUCGUGCCGCCCUACUCCUACCCCAAUGGAGCGGCCGGUGGCCUGCCGGUGUCGAUGGCAAACAAGAUGAGCUUGCCGCCCUUUUUCUGCCACAACGGCGACCAUUUGUCGUCGCCACCGCCGGCGCACUGUGGCAUCCUGCCGUACCAGCUCGACCCGAAGACGAUGAGCCUGACGAGGCCUCCGCUGUACAGCUUUCCCACCAGCCAGUACCCGUACCCGAUGAUCAGUCCGGACAUGCUGCCGGUGGCUUCCUCCUGGCAUUCGCCCUCGCUCUACAGCCCUGCCGCCGGCUUCCGCACGCCCUAUCCCUCCUCGCUGCAGAUCUACACGUCGCUGUCGAGUGAUUUCUACCGAUACUCGCCCACCCUGCUUCCGCCGAGCAUCCACCCUUCCCAUCCGGUGCUGAAUUCGGGCCAUCCGGCCAUCAUCACGCCCGGUCCGAAGCAGGACAUAUCCGGCAGUGGCGGAUCGUCGCAUCGUGGUGGCGACCGGCAGGGAGCGUCGAUCAAGCUAGAAUCCUCCUCGGCCGGGAACGAUCACGACAGCUCGUCCGGCCAUCAUCAUCACCAUCGGUCGUCCUCCUCCUCCUACCAUCAUCACCGAUCGGGCGGAUCGCAUGGUGAUCAGCACAGUAAUAACAACAACAGCAACCAUCACACGAACCACAACCAUCACAACCACCACCAAAACCACCACAACAACAACAACGGCAGUGGUGGCGGCGGCGGCGGCCACAAGCAUCAGUCGCUGGCGGAGCGGGAAGCGGCCCUGGAGAAGAAGCGCAGCCACGUGAAGAAGCCGCUGAACGCGUUCAUGCUGUACAUGAAGGAGAUGCGGGCGAAGGUGGUGGCCGAGUGUACGCUCAAGGAGUCGGCCGCCAUUAACCAAAUUCUGGGCCGCAAGUGGCACUCGCUGUCGCGGGAGGAGCAGAGCGUGUACUACGACAAGGCGCGCCAGGAGCGGCAGCUGCACAUGGAGCUGUAUCCGGGCUGGACGGCCCGGGACAACUACGGGUAUGGGGCGAAGAAGAAGAAGAGGAAAAAGGACCGCAGUCCGGCGGAUCCGGGCGGGAACAGCAUGAAGAAGUGCCGGGCACGGUACGGGCUGGACCAGCAGAACCAGUGGUGCAAACCCUGUCGGCGUAAGAAGAAGUGCAUCCGGUACAAGGAAGCGGGCGGAGGGGAUCGGGGAGGCGAUGGCAGUAGCGAUCGCGAAGGAGGCCGAGACCGGGGCGAUGGAUCGGAUGACGCGAUCGGAAGCUGUGGAAGUAUGGAGGACGAUAGCAGCAAAUCACCCGGCGAGGAGGAUGAGGAUCGCGAAUCGAUCAACCAGUCCCUGUCGAGUCCGCGGUGCCUGAGCGUGCUGUCCAGUCUGCAGUCGCCGUCGACGAGCAUUGCGUCGCCGUUAAAUCUGCUCGCCAGUCCGGCCACGCCGACCAACUUCUACCACCACCACGAUCAUCUCGGGCUCGCGUCCAUGAUCGCGUCCGCGCAGCAGCAGCACCAGCAGCAGCAGCUCCAGCAGCAGCUCCAGCAGCACCAGCAGCAGCAGCAACAGCAUUACCUCCACCAGCACCAUCACCAUCAUCAUCACCAUCAUCAGCAGGCGGCGGCGGCGGCCGCAGUGGCCGCAGCCGCCCUCCAGAACGUGAGCGACAAGCUGAACAACAUCAGCAACGAUUCGGGCAUCGGCGGGUCGCAGCUGAACAACAGCUACAGCAACAACUUCAGCCCGUACAACAACCACCACACGAUGCGCACCAACUCGUCCUCUUCGUCGGCGAGCAAUGGCAACGGGGGCGGUGGCGGUGGCGGUGGCGCUAGCGGUAACCUCAACAACAGCAGCUCCUCCAGCACGACCAAUGGCACGGGCGGUGGCGGUGGGCUGGGGAAAAGUCCUACCGCAAUGCUACUCCCACCAACACCCUCCACUCCGACCCUUGCCCCACCCACGCCAUCCUCCUCAUCGUCUUCGUCCUCGUCGUCCUCGUCCUCGUCCUCGUCCUCGCUGUCCUCCUCGUCGUCUUCCACCCCAUCGCUCCAGAUUCCGCCCCAUCUGCAGCAGCUUAAUCUGAAGACGUCACCGCCCCUGCUGCCCAACACGCCGCCCUCGUCCGGCGGCUCGUCCGUGUCCUCCACGACGGCGCUCACCAUCAAGGAGGAGCUCCCCGACAGCAGCACCGGCAACGGCCCGAUGGGUUCGCCCUCGUCCGGCUCGCUGCAUCCGACGUCCUCCUCCAGUCCGCCGACAACCACCGGCGUUGGCGGCGGCGGCGGCGGGUUCCUGCUGCAUCCUGCCCACCAUCAUCACCACCUCGCCUCCCUCCAUCAGCUCGGCCAUACGCAGCUUCACGCGACCAGCAAAACCAACGGUGAUCUCUCCCCAACGACGACGACGACGGCGGCUGGCACGGCGGGUGGGGUAUCCAACAGCGGCGACGGCGGUCCAGCAGUCCUCAUCAACGGCAGCACCAGCCGGAGCAGCAGCAGCAACAGCAGCAGUAGUCAAAUCGCUAGUGAUAGUUUUCCAUAUCUUCGCUGCUGGUGAGCCACCGUAGCAGUGCGUUGUCAUCGCAUCGGAUUUGGUUCAAUGCAAGGGACGUGAAAGGGCCGUGAUCCUAGCAAAUCAGUUGCAGUCGACAGGAACCCAGCGGACAACUCCUCCGCAUCACAAACCAACAAUGGUUUGCAAAUCACAGUCACAAAGUAAGUCUGCGGAUGUGAGCAGAACCAACGUAAGGGGAAGAAGGCAGAAAAAGAGAGAGAACAACGGGCUCGGUAGGCGUUACGUAUGAGUCACCUUGUGGCGAUUGUCUACCGAAUGUUCUCAAUCACACAGGGCACAAUAAUCGAGCCUAUCUUGAUCUUCCAGCAAUGAUCCCAGCGCUGGUGGCUCUAGUCAAGAAAACUAGCCUGCCAAGAUGUCCUAGAACAAAGAACCUUCACUUUAAAUUGAUAAGUAAAACACGAUCAUUGGAAAUCGUAGGCGUAGUUAGGUGCAGAGCACAGGCUACGUUAAGUGCAUUCGUUUGCAGUCGAAAUCAAUGCCAAUCGAUCGGAUCGGACCUUUCCAUGCCCCAAUGGGGUAAUAUUGAAAAAAAGAAGUUAGUAAAACGGACCGGUAGGUCCGUGAUAAACGUUAAUCACAUGCUCAAAUUUCCCCAAAAUCUUACCAUGUUGUGUAUAGCAAAGCAGAGGCGUUUGGGAUAGCAUACAAGAGAGUGUUUGGGAUUGCAUAUAAGGUGGUAAUAUGACAACGAAUGAACCCUUCUGCGACAGAAAGAGACGUAGAGAAAGCUAGAAAAGACAGAAGAUGGAACACAUUGGAAAUAAUUGACAUUUGUGUAAUGGCUUUUUGAGUGCGCAUGUUGUGCGCGGCCAUGUAGUUAUCUAGGUACAGUGAGAUCGGAUAAGCAAUCGAAGUGCAAGGGAAGCGAUAUAAACUACCAUUACCCCCAAAUGGGAACGCAGCAGAAGAGGAGGUAGCGCGAAGAAAAUCGAAACGAACAGAGAACUCGAAAUUGAAAGCGAAACGGCGAUCGCCACUCAACGGGCCACAUUGUAUAAAGAACGGAACGGCAGCGGCAACCCAGUCGAGUGGGUGGAUGCAUCGCGUAUCGCGUAUGGCCACUGCCACAGGACCCGAACGGUCCGCAGACGACGGUCCGCAGUGGCAAUCGUUUUCCCACAAAGCGAAUGGCUAAUAGCCAGAUCGCCAAUGCGAAAGAGACGCCAGAGAAAGAGACACCAACGGCAGCAAUAGCAACGAACUCUAGACGACGGACAUGCAGUCGGUGAAGUUUGAAAUUGUGGCACUGUGGGCGAGAUUUGACUCAUGGAAGCGAGUUUUCCUUCCAGCGUAGCCCAGCGACCACGCCACACAUAAAAGGACAACCUUUAGAACGACAUUUUUCGCACCGAAAAUGGAUGCGAAAGGUGGAAGUGAUUGCGAUUUUUUUUUGUGCGCGACGAGCGUACUCUCCCUGCCAUAUUCCAGUGAGAUGCGCGAUCACCCUCAAUGUGACCAUUGCAGCAGGAGAAAAACUCGAUCACUCGAGCCACCUUCUAUGACAACGAUGGUCAAACAGUUUUUGAGAGGUUUUCACCAAAAUCUGCUCGAUGCAGUACUCUGCAUGUUUUUGACAGUAUGGGGACACACGAUCCCACCGAUAACAGACAACCCGCGAUUCUUUCGAACGUGGACAGGAGCGCUGGACGAGUGAAUGGAGUCGACACUCCUUCGGUGUGCGUAUGACUAGGUAAACUUCUUACGCAUCGAAUUUCGUGCGAAUGUGUAGUUUCUAUUGCUGUCGUUGGUGUUGCAGUGUCUGCAUUCUCAUGUGUCUCAAAUUAGGGAAAACGAAUGAUUGAAGUGCGCCUUACACUUAUACCGGGAAAAAAUUUUUGGCAAUAAACAUGUUACCAUUCCUCAUUGCAGCCAACAAUUAGUAAAAGUCUUCUCCUUUCUCCAGUGUUUGUGUGUGUCUGGUGUUCGGCACAUCGUGAAAGACCACUUUUCAGUCCUGACCACUUAUCCAUCCCUUGAGUAGUUUCUAUCAAGGACGAGGGAGCCACGACAAGGGCUUGGGAUUUUGGGAAGAAUUUACCGCAUAACGUAGGAGCGAUGUUCAACACAGAAAAAAAAACAUGAACGGGUCAAAUCCCGAAAGAUUCAAGUGAUUACGUACCACGAUUUUUUCCGUUAUUCUACCCCGAAUUAUGCGUGUGUUAGCUUUCGUCGAGCGUUGCCGCUACUCCGCAGGCCACAGCCCAUUGUUCCAGCCCGUGGACCGCAAAGACACAAGAUUGCAGCGUGUGUAUGGAAUCGUUUUUCGGGACGGUCGGAUUGUCCCCGUCUGGCGCGUGUGGGUCGUGGCAUGGAAGCCAUUAAGGAUUCUUCGAAUUUUAUGGCUUCACUGCACACGGAGCGAGCGAGACGACCAUACCCAGGCUGUGCAGUGCACACUUCUUCGCGAGCCGGGAAGCAAACUUACUGCUGCACAGCUACGAUCACGGACGGUGAUUGACAGUAUAUAAGCGCUUCAUAGAUCCACUUGUUUGCCUACGUUCUAAGCGCCUUGUGCGCCACCCUUGGCAUCCAACAACGAUAACCAGGAGCAGUGCGAGACGAUGUCACCCUUUCCACCAUUUUUAUGGUUUCUUGGGGUGGAAUACAGCCCGGAGAAAAUAUGGGACACUGCGGACGAAUUCCGGACAUCCAGCGUCUUUGUUCCGAGAACUCGCGUCCACCGCAGAUUAGCCCGUGCCCUGCCCUGUGCUCUCCGUGGUUGCUCAUGCGGGCGGACCAGGCAGCUUUACGAUUUUAUGCGAUCCUGGAAAAUGGUAAGCUGCCUGCUCCUCGACAGCAGCAGCCUUGAGCAUCUCUCUCUCUCUCUCUCUCUCGCUCUCUCGCUCUAUAGGUUGGCUACAUCCGCCCGGUUGCGUGCCGACGACCCGUUCCAUGAAAUAAGACUGUUUUCGCGUCGGAGUGACAUUUGUUUGUCCUACCAAAACGAUUCCUGUGGUGAGGUGGCAGGGGUGAGUAAGUACAAUCCUUUGCGAAACCUCCGCUGAUCGUUGCCUCCUUGCUUGACCUUCUUUUCACCCUUCCGUGAGGCGUUUUACGGCGAUGUUUCUGCACCGCUUCAACGUGCGAUCCCGUCCGUUCGCGUUUGCGUUCGCGUUAUUUGCGCAUGGCCUCCGAUCGCGCCAAGCCGGUUUUUUGAAAUUCUCGUUAUUGUUGAUCGCGCGUUCGCGCGCUUGCGGACCCGCGCCGCCCUUCCGCCUAACCCCCGCACGACACCCAGGUUUGUUGCUGGUGGUGAUCAGUUGUGGCUGAUUAUCUUGCGGUCCGCGGAGCGCUGUUCACCUCGCCGCGCUGGGGAACGUUGUGCUAUGACACACGCACACCAACGCACGAGCAGGGGGUUACAAGAACGUGACACUACCAAUACUACCACCGUUCGGCUGGACUGGAGCCAUGAUGGAGCCCCGAUUCUCUUGGGCAGAUUCUGGUUCUGGCGUGGACUAGCUGCUACUGCGGCUACUGAGCGCGCUUCGCGGACCGCGGAAUCUUCGCUGCCGUGUCUUUGCUGCUGUUCUUCUCGCCAUCGUUGGCUCACGUCACCAUUGUGAUUGUCUCUCGCUCUCUCGCUCUCUCUCUCUCGUUCUGUCCAUUCUACUGUCGGUGGGGCGUAGCAGGCGUAGCGUCUCGCGAGCAUGCUGUAAUAAUACUACACCAGUCAGAGACGCGGGAAUGUGGCUCUGGUGGAGCUCUGGUUGCGUUAUUCUAUGCGGUUGGUGCGAACGGGGUGAAGAUGGCAGACGGGAAGAAAGAAAAACACCCGAAUGAGAAUACAGUAAAAAGACGCACACACGAAUACUGAUUCACUUCGAAGCAGCAGCAGAAAGGCAAAAAAAACUCGCCCCGAUCGAACCGGGGUGGAGUGUUUCGGAAACGAGAACCUUUUUAAAUAACAUAAUUUAUGGCAUGUUGAAUAAACAAAUAAAUAUUGGGUUUUCUGAAUACUGGGCAAAUGUGUGUGGUGGAAUCACCUCCAGCGGCCGUGGUCGUCGUCGUCGUCGUCGUCGUCGUCUUCAUCUUCUUCUAUUCAGUUGUACCGGCCUGUUCGUGCGCGAUAGCUGUGUGGUUGAUCAAGCACACCGUGGCGGUGAGAAUGGUGGGGGGCUCAGGUAUUGUCCGAGCCCGAGAGCCGUGCCUUUCCGAUCGAGCAGCCAAUCUCGAGAAGGAUGCGCUACUUCGAAAGGUGUGAUCUUUAUCUUUCCUUCCCACCAAUCGCGGGCUUCAUCGAGACAACAUUCGGUGUUUACCAUUAUCGCGCUCGCCGGAUCGACCCCUAAUGCUGCUAAUCUUUUUACUGUCAAAGUGUGGCAUAUGUCAACAUUUGGUUGGCUCGAGUGGUCUCGUCGCCACGAGGAAACCUCGCCACACACUGCCAGUCCCCUUCAAGCGGGGGGCUUUAGGGCGCUUCAAAUCACAACGUCUUCCUUAUCCGCCGAUAUUUGAUAAGAAAGGUGUAAAGAGGGUGUUAAAAUGUAUUCGAUAAAUACAACGCUGACACUGAAGAUGGGUCAGCCCGGCAGCUCAUGGACAGCUCGCUAUGUGUGCUAUGAUUACAUUUGUAAGUCAAAGUGGAUUGCAUUGCCGUUUGUCGUUGGGUACUUCUGUUCCACCACCCAAGCUGAUUAUUAACGCGUGAUUAUUAGGACUAGCAGAGACGCGAAAAAAGACGCUCAAUCAAAAUGUCUCUCCAUCGACGGAUCGCCUCCCAGCGGAAUAGUCUCAUUAAAGUGAACCGAUUAAAACAUUGCGCGCUAGAGCUGAAGCUCAACUUUCCACCACACUCAUACGGAUUGCGGUGUGAAGAAACCCCAUCUUUGGCGAGAGCUGCCACGACAGCAAUAGCAUUAAAAAAACAGACACACUCUGUAAAUUGCAAAAUCACUCACUCCCGUGGGAUGACAGUCAACAAUUAUGACUCUAUAAGGAUGAACAAAAAAGACGCACACUCCUUAGACCGUUCGGACGGGAUGGCGGCAGAACGGUGGCGAGAACGGUCGAGAGGUUUCUUGGCUCGGGUUGAGAGAAGCUCUAGUACAGCCACCCCGGUGCACUUUCUUCCGCGUUUUACAUGACCGCUUGUUAGUCGUCAGGGGGACGUAACGAGGUGACAGCGCACGUCGAAUGAGUAGCGAAAUUCCUAUCCAAAGCGCGGGAUCAUUGGGGAGGUGGUGGGGUGUCUGGGCGGGCGCGCGAGCUGCGAAAGGUGCGGAAACCCCAUUGCACCGUAGUGAAGGUGGGAUGAAGGUGAAGAUGGGGCAGUGGCGCGGGAAAGUCACUGUGGUUACACUCACGAAAAAGCCACAAGACGACGCAAGUAGUAGCAGCAGCAAAACGAACAAAUUAAAUUGACGCUAUCUCCUGGCCACACGGAAUGUGCGCGCCCCGCAUGCGUGUGGGAGAGUCGCGCCGGGCCUGUGUUGCGGAACGCGGUGCUACGAGGUCACACGGGGAGGUGUACCGUGGUGUUUGUGGUGGCAGCGGCGGUGGGUCGGUUGCGCUCCGGUCGCGAUGUCGUUGUCUAAUCAUCACCCGGCUUCGACGCCUUUUGCCGUGGCCCGGUGCCGAGUGAGAGAGGGCUACAAAAAAUGCGCUCCAAGCUAAACGGACCAAGCGAGUGAGAGGGAGAGAGCGAGCGAAAAAGGCAAUUGGAGUGUUCUGGGUUAAAUAAGGGCUCUCGGGGCGACAAAAAACGGAGGGGGGCGGCUAGAAGGGGGACGCACAGAAACAACACACACCGACGAGUUGCGCUCUUAUCAGUGAACUCACGGGGCUACACGAACGCUAACCAAACGUUUCACCGAUAGAGUGUCCUCUUCCAUCACGGGUGUGUGUGUUUUUUUGUUUGUGUGAACCAUGCCCAGCUAGUCCAGAUCGAACGGGGGGUAGCAAAAUGGCGCGUAUAAACAAGCGAGUGUUUGACUAGGCUCAGCUCCCCUGAGUUUAAUGGCCAACCGUGCGCCGCAAUUAACGAACGAUCGUACGGAAACGGAUAAAAGAAGUCUUCAGCCUCAUUCAGUAACUCUUUCUCUGAACUGCUCCAACUACGGCAACUCUUCAUCAGGAGCUGUCAAACGCCUUUCCGUUUCCGUGGACAAGGGCACCCGUCCCAAUCUACAUCCGACCGGCUCGGACUCGUGUGAUGUGACGUUUCGGCGUUAUCAUUGCACCGACAUUUGACAGUCGGUUCCCAUCCGAUAUGGCACCUUCCGCUUGGGGCGGGCGUGAAGCAUCACACUGAUAUUUCUUAAUUUUCCAAUUGGGCUGAACUGAAUUGGAAUUUUUGGCCUCUCUCCCACCCUCCCCUGUGGCUUCAGUUCUGUUUUUUUUCUCCUCUCUCGCCUGUAGCGUGAAUGACAGAGCAUGAUGGCUUCCGCUACACCACCCAUCUUUCGUUAUCAUGCGUUUAGUUUAACAGACAGAUAGAGAGAAACCAGAGCGAAAAAAAGCAUGUUCUUCUCCCAUACUCCCUUCGCACGCCCUCCCCCCCCCCCCCCCGUUUCCUAUCUUGUCGCGUACCUCGCCACCCAUUAGCUGCCGGCGUUCAACCCCGCAACGGCUUGCGUGUGUUGCGACAGUGAUGAUUGGAGCGCAUCAGAUAAUUUUGUUGCUCAUCACUCGGUCCCCCCUUCCCACCGGCUGUCCAGGUCCAGCUCCAGGUCCGUUUCGUCUCCCUCAUCCCCUUUCUCUCCCGCUAUCCAAUGAAAGAGCCCUUUUCCGAUUCCUUGUUUGUACUUGGCUUUAAAACCGUCCUCCCGCUCCCCGGUGAACGCAUACACACACGGACCGAUUGAUAAACACGAUGGCAAUUGCUGCUUCUGCUGCUGCAGCGCGCGCUACCCUAUCAUUAUUGGGCACCACAAACACACGUUUUGUGUGCUUCAACCCAUCGUGCACCCCUCGGUUCCGCUGUAGAACCCUCUCCCCGAUUCCUGUUAAAUAGAUCCCAAACUAGAACCAGCGAAGGGGAGCAGCAGCAGACCACUUAAGCAUGACUUUUCAUCACGGCCACCAACCGGCCCGAGGGGCCUGGGACCGAUCUGUUUACACGAGGAUUUGCGUAUCCCAUUGCACUGCUCCAGGCUCUCCUCCCUUACUCCCUCUCCUGGGAAAACGGGAGUGAAAAUGAAAGGAAAUAAAUUAAUAUAGGGAAAUUUCUCAUUCCGCCACAGUCGCCGCGCCUGAUCGAUCGUUUGCUGCCCUCCUAAUGCUCGUUCGACAUUCCGAGGCAUGGCGAUCCCCGCGCACCACCUCACCGGCCUCGCCGGACCGGACCUUACCGCACCAUUGCGUACCCGAUAAUGUUUGGGUCAGAACGAAUUUGUGCUACGAAACUAUUUGUAACCAAUCAGCGAACGUGUUGAAAAGUAACUUCAAUCUAUAUUCGCCCCCACACGCCACAUGCCUGACUCUCUUUCUCUCUCGGGAGAGAGAGAGAGAGCGCGCGCGACCGGCCGCUGGGACCGGCCGCAUUUCCGCAAGACGAUUUGUUUACACAUUGCAAUGUGAAUGCGAAUGGCUUUGGGGCUUAAUUGAAUUGCGCAAGAUGGAAAAUGGAUAGAGCGCGACUGGUGCGGCGAUCGCUUCGGACGCGAUCGGUUCCAUUUGUGUCGAUGUGCCGGCAAAGAGCGAAUAAGCGACCCAACUUUGGUACGAUCAUGUUGACUUUUCUGCAAUAGAAUGACGACGGCGUCCGGUGUUCAGAUGACACACGCCCACCUAAUCAAUUACCACACGGCUCUUAUCGGCCCAGGCCCGUCAAUUUGCUGUAAGCAUUAUCGUGCAGCUCCGUUGAGCCGUCUUGAGACAGUUCCUAUUUUGUUUCUUUUUUGUUUUGUUUUGCGUUUUUGCUCAUCCGUCUAUAGAUUGUCCGCGCGACCACCACUGGCCAUAAAGGUCGGAAUCAACGAGAAAUUCGAAGAGCCGAUAAACGUGUCGAUUAUCUGUCGUACGUGUUUCGUCGCCAACUGCUAAUCUAAUGCGCGCGAGCGUGUGUAAUCUUUUUAUGUGGCGGUAACGCUGUGGGGCAGUUUAUGUCUUUGCCAACGAUGGGUCGGCAUAAAUCGUACGCACGUACACGCCCGCUCGGUUUACUGCCAAUCGGAUUCGAGCCAAUUGGUUGUGGCGUCGUCAUUGGGGGGCGAUGCGACGGAACAAUUAACUGACCGGCGGAAUUGUAACUUCCGGCGACUUAUUACCAGGGCACGACGCCAGGUUGACUUUACCAAAUAUUGAGCAGUGCAGCAAUUCACCGACGGAACGGUCAGUGCAUCGCAUUUUGUUUUGCGCUUGUACUUGAGCUGGAUUGGAAGUCAAACAGCUUGUGCUUGGCUUUCUUAUCGGCGCCUGCGAGUGAUUUAUUAUGCAUACAUAACCGUCAUUAGAGCGAGGUCAAAGCAAUUCUAAUUGGCCGCACAAACACAAUCGCAAGGUGCAUUGAUGCUGCAUGUUGCGCGCGCGUGUUGCCUGCGCAGGAGUGUGAAUGCUUGGAGGGCAUUACUUCAUGCUUAGCUGCUCAUAAAAUCCGUUUCGUUUCAAAACAACAUAAGUCUGACAUAAGCGAGGAAGGCGCUGCGCUGCUACAGUUAAGAAAAUCAUUACAAACAGAUCGACGUUUCCUUCCGUGUGGAUCGUUGGUGGUCCUUGAAAAGCUCGUUCCGCUGAUGACAAGCGUAGACAAUCCAACAGACAGCCGGCGGCAGCAGUGUUUUUCUUCUUCUACUUCUUCUUCUUCUUCUUGCCUCACACUCUGGCGCCGGAUCGACACUAGCACGGCUUCGACGAAUGGGCGCUGCAUCGUUUGCAAAUCUCCCUCGGCUCGUGUGCCUCCACGGUCAAAGAGCCUUACGCCCUCGCAUCGACUGGAACUGUGUAUGUUUGUUGCCAUUUCUCGAUCUGUUUCACAUUCCCUCGUUUCCCUUCGCCAUCUGUGUGCCAUGUUUGUGCGCUUGCAUUAGACGCGCGAGAGCACAUGGGCGCAAAAGCGUUUGCGCCAACACGUUGCAUGGCGCGCAUACGACCGUGCGUAAGCGGGGCGCAGACUUAUCGCUUUUCCAAGCGCUUGCGCACCCUUCCGCUGCUUUUCGUCCGCUUCCCCGCGAUCGAUUUUCGUUUUGGUCAGACUGUAAGAGAGAGGGGCACGGGGGGGGGGGUAUGCCUGGGUAAGUGAUGAGCUGUCGAUCAAGCCGUCGCGGAUGAAGCGAAACCUAUUCCUCAUCGACGGGUUGAUCGAUCGUGGUCCACCGCAGCGCACGGUAUCGGCUUUCCAGCGUCUUACCGCCCCAAACCACACACGCAACGUGGGCCGCACGGUGCGAUGUAGCCGGGAAAAGAGCAUUAACGAUGACUAACGACGAUCCCCUCCGGCCCACCCACUAGCAGCAGGGACUCAAUAUCAAUUGGAAGUCCUAAUGCUAUCCACCCGCUUUAGCAAGCGAGAGAGUGAAAGAGAGAGCCUCCCAGGGGGUUCUAAAUGUUAAACAUUUCGUUCGAUUUCGCAUCGAUCGCAAACCGGAAAUUCUUCCAAAUGUGGACUUCCUAGAAUUUUGGGCUGCCCGAGCUGCUGGCCUAAUGAGGCUACAUUCCAGCAGUGCGUCAGCUGACGCUUUCGGUACUCGGUUAUGAGUUCCUUGUUCCUUGGAACAUGUAAAGCACAGCUCGGCAUCCAAAGGAGGUGAUUUUAUCGGCCCUUAAUUCAACCCGGUUUGCUCUCCCCGUAAUGAUGCUGGCCCAUGGUACGGACCCGGCCCUCUAGGAAUGCGUACAACGCCGCCGUAGUGCAAUGGGAGGGAACGAAUAAGCGAAAGAGAGCGAGAUGGCAAGAAAUAUGGAGGGAAACACAUUGUACGACACAGGGCUCUGUUAGUAAGUACUAAUUAUAGCAUAAUUAAUUGCUCAACUAUAAAACCGAUACCGGGGAGUUUUGUUUUGCCUGAUGGGUAGUGAUGUUUUUUUUUUUACUUUUUAUUUGUUGUUAUGUUGCCAUUGCGCCGUCCUGAUACAUCACUACACGGUGCGCCCAGGUUCCGGCCUUGGAAUGAUGCUGAACCGGGUGAUUGCGUGGCUGCAAGCAUCGACAUGCAUGCACCGUUAAGAGGCACGGCGUGGUGUGUGAAGUCAGAGAGAGAGAGAGAAAAAGAGAGAUGCGUUUAGAGUUGUUGGGAAAAAAGAGCUGCUAGCACACAGCAAUGCGCCAUCCCUUCCCCCCUUCGCAAGCAUCAACAGUAGUAAACAGCGUUUGGUGGAAGUGGCGCUGCACCGUCGGAAGGAAACGGAACCACCCGAAGGGAAAGGAAUAAUAAUAACAUUCAUUUAUUAUCAUAAUUACUAUGUGCGCAAUUAUUACAUUUUUUGAAUUUUCGAUACCCUUUCCACGCAGUCCCACACAAACAUACACACGCACACACACCGAGAAACGCACAUAUACUAGCGCAAGAAGUGCACGAAAGCGCAAUGGAAGAGAUGGGCCGUUCGUUGGCGAUUCGUAAGUUUCGCGCGCCCGUAAGCACACCGGUGGGUAACUCCGGUAGCUAAUUACUUCUUUUAAGGCUCAGCUAGGCCCCCCACAAAUGGGCCCCGCAAAGUAGCUGGUUUGCCAUCCUUCGCUGGCGUCUAAGUGCCCUCCCAUGGUUUGCCCACCACCGUGACUCGGGCGCGCUCGUGCCUUCCUUUCCUUCCGAUGAUGCCACGAAACCUUUGGGAUCCGUCUGGUGGAAAAUAUAUUAAUUAAAUGCUCACACACAACACAACGAGCAUAGGAGUGAAACCUGCGCCACCGCCAACCGGCGGUGUCGAGCGCCUGGGAGCGGAAUGCCAACACUCCGGGGCAAACCGUUCCUGUCUCCCAUUUCCUUCGUUUAGCGCUGUGGUGUUGGUGGUGUUUUUUUCCUGCCACCCCUUUUGGUUGCUUCUGCUGCUACUACACAUCUGUCGAACAGGUGAGCACAGGUGGCAGUAAAGCUUUCGUUCACUUCUCCCUUCGCUGAAGCGAUAAGCGAACGUGCAGGAGUUGCGAAAUGAGCACCCUUGACCUCCCCCGUUUGGUACGUGUGUGUGUGUGUGCGGUUCCAGGCAGAGGGGAAGGGCGCCAUCAUGCACACGACGGUUAAUACCGGAGACCCACGCACCGAAAAACUUAACUCACCGUGAAGCUGAUGAAAACUUUGAACACAACUAUUACGUUUUUUUGCCAAGUUGGUGUAGCGGGAAACAGUUUAACGUACAACACACAGCAGGCCAACUCACAGGUGAGGAAAGCAGCAGUCUUUCGCUAAUGAAAAAAGAAACAUUACAAUUAAUUACGCUUCGGACGGCUAAGAAUUGGGCCGAGUUGUGCCUCGGAACAGUAAUUGAAACCUCGCUUGCUGCCUUUGGAAACUCGAACAGGCAGCAGCGCGAGGUUUGAUGAACAAAUCGAAAGAUCGCCAUCGUCAUUAUCCUUAUGAUCGCGAACAUGGUUCCGUUGGAUACUGCCGAAUCAACUACCCUCCCCUCCCAUCUCUUUGGAGCUGCAAAACCCCCAGCUGCCCCUCUCUCUCUCCCUCGUUCGUUCGUUCGUUCGUUCGUGCUCUACCUCAAAACCUCCGAGUGAAGGAAAAAGUAUUUGCAACAAAAUAUUGACACUAUGGUGCACCCACCCACCCACGCCAACAACUCGUUCGCACUCGUUCAACCUGCUGCCUUCGUGAGAGGCGUGUGCGGAAUAUGUGGCCAAUUAAAACUGCUCAUUCCGACAGUAGCAGUAACAACGGCGGCCGCCGCUCCAAUUGACCGUUACGCUCACGUAAUAAUCUGCCGCCGCUACCGAUGCCGAUUUGCCGAUUUUUCCGACCUCGUGCGGCCACUCCAGGCCUAGUGUUUGAGCGCCCAGUGGCGUUGAUGUUUUUCACUCCCUUGCUUUUCGUAACGGACGCGGACACGCCGAUCGGACGGAGAAAUUUGCGCCAAAUGAGGCGCGAAAACAAUUUCUUCGCCCCUUUCUCGCCUGCCGCGCGUACGCAUUCCUUUUUCGGGGAGUGUUGGUGGAAAGAACCUGCCAGCGCCGAGAGUUAAUAUUGAAAACACCUCUUCCUUCUGUUGCCCCCUUGGUUCGUCAGAGAAUAUGAGGCGAAAAUGUUUGCGCAGGUUCAAGCGGGCAAGAAAUAUUGCCCCAACCGUUGGUAAAUGAACUAUUUCAUAAAGUGCCGGCAAACAGAGGGCAAGAAUCGGCAACGAAUUCAUUUCUUACGGCAUUCCAUUUGUGCCCGGCUAACCCUCCCAAUGUGAGUGUAAUAAAAUCAACAGUAGUGCCACAGGAGGACGCUUUAAGCAUACUCAUUCAUGCGGUGGUACGCGCUCGUCCCAUUCAAGAGCGAUCCUCUCUGCGGAUAUGCGCACCUAAAAUGGCCAUGCAUAUUAAUGAUCUUUUUUUAUUGACAAUAAUCAAUCGGGAAUAAAUAACACGACAGAGAAUUGCCAUUCCGAUCGCUCACAGAAACCGAACCCCCCCAUCCCAACGCCCGAGCGAGCUGUUCAAACCAAGGGAAGCUGUCGUAUGUCGCAGGACAGGUGUGAAGGAAGAGAUAAUGGAACCGAAUACUUUUCAAGACAGUCUAAGUAAACAGUGAGUCGAGUUCCUCGCCUUACCCAGUCGCCCGCUUGUAUACACACACACACGUACACAGUGCGGAGCUUUGUUUUUUCAGCAUUUAAUGAAUAGUUGCGUAGCACCAUACCAUACGGAAAUGUUUGAUAGAGGCACCGGUUCGGGCAUGUGUGCUUUUCGUCAGGUUUGUUUUCCCUUUUUUCAUGUGUAAAGUGUACUAUUCGUUAGCAUACACGCAUAUGCUGUGAAUGUGUGUCAGGCCCGAAGGCUUUUUUUGACGAAUCAAGUGAAGCUGAGAGGCAAAUGCUGGCCGGGAGAAGAAAAAGUGAAAACAUACAGUUUGUUGUACCGUAACCCCAUAAUCCCGAAAUGCGUAUACCACACCACAGAAACGCACUCGCGUACACACAGCCAUUUGCUUUGGCUUCUUUCGACGCACCACUAUAUACACUUGCAUCAGCUGCAAGUGCAACGGGGUUAAAAAAAAAACAAAACAAAAGCUAAGAGAAAGAAGAAAAACGGUUAGGCAAACAUAAUUUGUUCAAAAAUCAAUAUUUUACGUUUAAAUUUCUCGCGCAAGUGCUCGGUCUGGAGCGCCCUACGAAGCGGUUGAAACGCACACCACAAUGCACUCGGUUGGUGCACUCGUAACAGAUAUUGUUUUAGAAGCGAAGAAAUUGAACGAUUACGGAAUGCAACAUUUCACGCUAUUCCUGCGUAGCCAAAUGCCCGAUAAGAACUGCCGCUGAUACUGGCCCUUGUUUGACAAACAAAACGACGGGACAAAACGACCCCCUCCGGCUACCUUUAGCUUCACUUAAGCGAGGAUCGAUUUCUUACCGGGACUACAGAAACUUCAUAACAAACACCAUGUUCGGAUCGGGCGCUAUUCAACCUCUUUAGCCUCUAAUGCAUGCAUGAUGCAUCGAUCAACCGAAAAAAAAAACGGAACACAUUUACUCCGGCAGUGUUACGAAUCAAGCGAAAGGUUUAGUCAACGAGCCCUUUCCCGCCUGGGCACGGAAAACUGUCACAUAGUGCCCGUGCCUUUAUCAAAUCAAAUCGAAACUGUGGGGAGGGCGCAAAAAAAACUACUGAAUUCAAUCAAUAACCGUCAUUCAGGCAAACCCGCUUGUCCCGCUUAGCACAGCAAGAUCCGUGGCGCGAACGGCCGCGCGAGGAAAGGGCCGGAAAAUGCGCACGGGUAAAACAUGGUGCAGCAAAACAGCACAAACCCGUCCUCGAUGCUCGAUGCCCGGGAGCGAUAGGCGACGAUGUGUUUAGGUGGUCGGCCCGGGCAGCGAUAAUGGCGAUAACCGUCGCGAUGUGGCCCCGUGUUCGGUCACAGGCGACAAAAUCAGCAGCAGCGAUGGUUUUGCUGGUGGUGGUAGGCUCAAGGUGAUUGGAUUCGGGGUGCGUCCGGCAACGGGUUGAAAAAAUGGGGUGCAGGGGUUUUGACGCGAUCGUAAUUAUUUCUAAUCAAUCAAAAAGUAAACACAGCACAUACAACAACCACUUGUAUGUAUGUGUGUGUGUGUGUUUGUGUAUGCCACGAGACGCAAUCGUGAGGGUGAGCAGGGCUUUGCUGUGAGCUGUGAACGAUAGUAAUGAACGAGGUGAGAUCGAUUCGCGCAAAAGGUAAGAGUGAGAAAAUCCGCCUACCUUUGGGAGGUACAAUUUCAUGCCCCAGCCAUUUUCUACCCAACAUGACCGGGUUCGAAAACUGCGUCAAAAACACAAAAGAAGAGGGUGUACAUUAUCUUUAAACUGGCUGGAAUGGUAGCGUUGAAUAAUGAGUGAAAUUGACGAUGGCGAUCGGGACGCCAUACCGCAUGCCCGUUCACCGCGAGUGAGUGGGCAACGCAGGCGACGAACGCAUUUGGACGACAUCAUCACAUGAACAACACAAUACAUCCACACACACACACAUCCGUGCACAAAAUUAAAGAAAACUACAUAAAACGAAGGCUUCGAGAAGUGGACGCUCUCUUCUACACUUGUUUGCUGUCGAUCACAAGUCAAUCGAUCGCGACUGGACAGCGGACCAUCCGAAGCAGUGUGCGCGGUGCGGUACGGCAGUCGGUUACGGAAUUCGGGUUUGUGUACCGAAAACAAAAAAAACCGUACAACCCCCUUGAACCACCCAGUGCUACAGUCAAACAACUCCGCGAUGAGCGCUGCAGAACAACGCGCGCACAAAUCCAUUCCCAUGGCGUUGCUUCCGUCUCGUGGCGCAUAUGUUUUUUUUUUUUACAUCUUCUGAUGAUGUUUACUAUUUCACAGUGUUUCAGUUGAUUUUAUCAGUCCGCUCGGCAGUAUUUAGUGUGUGUUUUUUUAUCGUUUUUUUGUUAUUCGAAUUCAAUUGUUGGCCUUUCAAAUCAGGGUACCACCGUUAAUGCCAUCGAAAAGCCAAAGCAGCGAAUUAUCGCACCGAGCGUACCGGUCGUCCGAGGGCAGAGGCGUGGACGAGCGUUUAAUGUGCGAACAGAAACGGUCAACAUUACAUAAAGCUCUAACUUGGCGGGCGCAGAAGAGUGUAGUCUUCGGUCUCAUCCCUCACCACCAACGGACAACCGAUAGAGAUGGCCUUGCCACACGACAUUCGCUCUUCUUUGCCUCCCCUCUCUCCCUCUCCUCAGUCGUUGGGUGGGGUGGAAUGCAUAUAGAUUUUGCUUGAGAGGGGGGAGGGACGGAGAAGGGCACGAAGAGUCGACCAAAGUGCCAAACGAUUGAACAAACGGAAUGGAAUCGCGUGUCCUGGCAUUGGCAAGGUGAUGGAAACAAGUGCAAGACGUGUUCACGUUCGGCAGUGUCUUUUGCUUUUAUGGCACGUUAAUAUUUCGAACAGCUUCGUCAGUCGAGCACAUCAAGUGAUGGUUGUUUUUUUUUGUUUUGUGUUCGGUUGUGUCACGCCAAUAUGAGUGCAAAGUUGUGGCGUUACUGUAGGACAGUGGACUGACGAUUUGCUCUGACACACAAUACCGGUACAAAAAUGCUUUUCACUGAAGCAUUUCGAUCCCAAAAACUAAUAUCCACAGUUUGUAGCACAAUUUCUACGAAAUACUUAGCCCAACUAAGCACUCAUAAAUACAGGCUUUUCUGUGGUAAUAUCGAGGGAAAGCGUUUCGCCGUAACGCUUCCCCCCGGGUGGCUUGAAAUAUGAACUAGCUUAAUGGCUUCUUCCUCUGAUUUUUUAAAUCUACAAAUCCAAUCAUACCUGAGACUUAUCCACGGUUUUAAAACAAAUCACAUUAAAUGCACAUCCCAUCGGGACUAGAAUAACACAUCUACUUCUUGCGAGUAGCGUGGUGGAUUGUUCUAGAAGCAAACAAGAAAUCCCUCCACUUUUUCGUAUCAACUUACACCGUGGCCGGACUUGGUGAGCGUUACUUUCGCUUCCGACGUUUCGGUAAGAAAUUGAAAACUAUAGCACUGCUAAACCCUUACCAACACCUGCUUACCACAGGGCAAAGUUCAUUCCGAGGGCUUCAGCAAGGACCGUUGACUAAGCUUCUACUGCUUCUUGACCUCGUUCGUGUGUUCCGUACACCCCCUGCUCGACGUAUUGAGGAAACCCGUCAUGUGAAGGAACGCUCCACGUUGCCCGCAAUCGCAUUCUCAACUAACCGGAGCUAUAUCUUCUUAUAGGUCUUUUCUUGGUUCAACCCAAAAAAAAAUACUAUCACCAGCUCUUUCACCCUUGGUUCCGGUUUUACGGACGCGACAACGCUCGCUGUAAACGUUUCUUUCCUUCCCCCGAAAGCGCAGCCUUUGCCAUUUAUGCUUUUUUAAUGAGCAUAUAUGUGGUGCGUUUGAUAAUCUGCUAAUGAAUGGCACUUUUAAAAGAUGCUUCUAAUAAGUUGAGCGUCGUAGUAACCGCUCGCCCGAGAACCGCUCAAAAGCUCCAGAACACACCUGAAACGAUGCACCAUAAACCAAGAUAAGAGACUACCGGGCGUGAGGGAGCUGGUCAGCGUUGCAUUCGCACCAACCCGCGCACACCCAUACGGCAUGCAAAAAGCUACAGCAAACGGGUGAAGAAAAUCAGUUAACGAAGUGCCAAACUCUGUUAUGAGGAUUAUUUAUUAAUGUUAUAAUGAUUACCGGUCUCAUUAGUUGCGCGCUGGGACGCGAAAAAGGUGGGAAAGAACUGAUCGCACUACCGAACGGCUAAUAACGAAGCAUUAAAGAAAGAGGAAAAUGACGCCAACGAAUUUGAUUAGUCAAGCAAAGUUGUGGAGGGAUGGAAGGGGGAAGGAGGACGAUAGGGAAACAAUAAGAAGUUGAAAAGGAACGGAGGGUGGUGAACAAAUCAAGAACUGAACAGACGAAGCAAAAAAAUGGACUGCAAAGUAUGUGUGUGUGUGUCUUUGCUUGUGUCUGGGACUUUCAUUAGUCGUAACAUCGCAUUUACUAUAGAUAAGGAAAUCCACCCUACACACCUACGCCCCCGUUGUUUUCAGGUGGAUUUCGGAGCUUGUUUUUGGGCUGUUUUUUAUCAUCUCUCAUUUUCCUUCCACUUUUCUUCUCUAUCGCUCUUCUAACGCACAGACACACACACUGAGAAGCACGUACACAAAUAGACGAUUUAGAAAAUGCAAACAGUCAAAUCGGAUAGAUAAAAAGCAACCGAAUGAGCGUGGAAAGAAAACACAAACGCGCUGUUUCGUCCCUCGAGCGUCGCGAGGCGAAAGGCGCACAGAACUGAUUCGGUUUUAUUUUAUCUUCUUGUUAACAAAUAAAACAUAUUUAAACAAAACGAAAUCAGACAACGGUGAGAUGAGGGCAACAGCGCACGGCUCAUCAUCAUCCCUGCUGGGCGAGCAAACCGGGGUGGGCAAGCCUAUUGGGAUAGAGUCAAUGGCACGCUGAAAAGGAGAGUGAGAAUGUGAAGCAAAAAAGGGCUAACUUUAAUGAAACAGAACAACAAAAAACCCCAGAGGCAGCUACUUAAAACGGGCAAAAAGCAUGCCUCUCAUCUUAAACGAACUGGGAACUCUGCUUAAGAUGUAUGCUCACACCCAUACCUACCUACAUACAUACAUACAUACAUACGUUCGCGUACAUACCAAAGCACACAGGCAUGCGCGCGGCUGCGAGAUGAUCAAAUAUUUGAAUAUCAACUUCCACGAGAACGCACAAGACGAAGCCAAAUCAAGUGAAGAAAUGGGUUAAAAUUUUCAACAACUCUUACGAAAAGAUCCGCCGCAAAAGAUCCCCCCCCCUCUCCUCUGUGGCCCGUGGAACGCGCAAAUGGAUUGCGCAAACAUUCGGCGCAAAUCUCGGACGCCUUUUACGCCAUGCAUGUUCUGAAUUUUAUGCUCUUCCUGCUUUUCUCAGUUUCGCCUUCCAUUAGCAGAUUUGUUCGGAUGUUUCUUUCUUUCUUUGAGAUUUCAACUUCAUCGAUAAACUUCCACUUGUGGGAUAUGGUUUCGCAUGUGAAAUGCAAGGCACGGAAGAUAUCGUUACACCAGAACGGUAGAGUGAUGAAGCCAGCAUUAGAACCCAAUUAUUCCUAUUGAACGAAACAAAUGUAUGUUUUGUAAUUCGACUGGAGUUUUGCAAUCUUUCCGUUUUUACCGCACAUACAAAUACAUACACACAGUGGGUACAAAUUUAAAGAUAGCAAUAAUCCGUACUUGGACAGCUGGUAAUCCGUACUUUGUAGCAGCCCUCCAAACACCUUCCCUGUCCCUGUCCUUAUGCGAGCAAACACUUUAACUGUAAAAGGAAAGAAAAAACAGAAAAAAGAGUAAAACGAUCCUCGUUCCAGGAGGAAAGAAAACUUUGAAAAAGUAUACAUAACACCACGAUUGUCUUAUCAACGGUUGUUGACAACGGUUCUUCCAAUCGCCCGAUGCACGCGCGGGCCCGGGCAAUCGAUUAGAUGCUAGUGCAAAUGGAGAAAGGCUCUCCUAACUUUCCUAACCUUAUUGAUAGAGAGACAGAUUGUGCAAGCAGAUGGUGGUCACGGUUGGCCAAAAGAAAAGCCUAGCAAUCCAACCGGCUAGCCACCAUUGUUUGUUCCAAGCGAGCUUUCUGUUUGCCUUACUUUAGCUCUAUUUAGCAACCAAAUCCUAAUGCCUUCCUCCUACCCCGCAUUAGCCCGUAAGCAUCUGCUGAGCAAGCAACCGAAGGACUCUAAACAUUUGAAUAUAUUUUACUGUUUUUCUAGUUAUUAAGUAAAUCGAACAAAACAACAUACAUAAACAAACUAGGGAGAGAAAGAGAGCGCGCACGGUCUGUGUAAUAUGGUACAAUAAGCUAAUUUAAACGAUGCCUUUCAAACGAGCGAUAGACGUUAGUUUGCUAGUAAAAUCGACAGUUUUAGGGUGCAACGGUAAAGCGGCACACACUUUCGCAAAAAGCAAGCAAUCAAAAAGAACUAGCGUUACGCGAAAAACAUAGAAAAAUCUUUCCUAACGGGGAGGAAAAUCGUAUCGUAGAGCAGUAAGAGAACGCGCAUCUUCCAAAAUAGGUAGAAGAAUUAAUAAUGUACGUUAUAAGCAUGAGUUAUGCUCGCGGGGAAAGCAACGAGAAAGAGCAACGAACGUAUCCAUGUAUGGAUCACGCUACGGCAAAACAACAACCAACAUUGUAAAUAAAGAGUUUAAAAGAUACACUUUGCGAAAUUGAA